AUGGCUCCGGCGGAGUUAAAGGAGUUGAAAGUCCAGUUGCAAGAAUUAAUAGAUAAGGGUGUUACGGUGUUUUCUAAGAUUGAUCUAAGGUCUGGGUAUCAUCAGUUGAAGAUCAAGGAGCAGGAUGUAACCAAGACUGCUUUCAGGACUCGUUAUGGGCAUUAUGAGUUUCUGGUUAUGCCUUUUGGUUUGACAAAUGCCUCAGCAGCUUUUAUGGACCUCAUGAACAGGGUGUUCCACCCGUACUUGGAUAAGUUCGUGAUAGUAUUCAUAAAUGAGGUUCUGGUGUAUUCGAAGGAUGAUGAUGAACAUGCUACUUAUUUACGCAAUGUGUUACAAACGUUGCACGAGAGACAACUUUAUGCCAAAUUUUCUAAAUGUGAGUUCUGGUUAAAAGAAGUAGUUUUCUUGGAACAUGUUAUGUCUGGAGCUGGAAUUUAUGUUGAUCCCAAGAAGAUUGAGGCAAUCUUACAGUGGGAGCAACCAAAAACGAUGACAGAGAUUCAAAGUUUCCUUGGUUUAACCAGUUACUAUAAGAGUGAUGCCUCUAAAUUAGGAUUAGGGUGCAUGUUAAUGGAAGAUGAGAAAGUAGUAGCUUAUGCUUCUCGACAGCUGAAAAAGCAUGAGACGAAUUACCCUGCCCACGAUUUGGAGUUGGCAACAAAAGAACUCAACCUGAGACAGAGACGAUGGUUAGAGUUGAUUAAGGAUUACGACUUAGUGAUUGAUUAUCAUCCGGGGAAGGCAAACGUUGUAGCAGAUGCCUUGAGUCAUAAAUCCUCAUCUUCAUUAGCAUCACUUCGAAAUUCUUAUAUUCCAAUACUACUUGAGAUGAAAUCUCUAGGGAUCCAGUUGAGUAAUGGCGAUGAUGGAACCCUACUGGCUAGCUUUGUUGUGAGACCCUCACUGUUGAAUCAAAUCAAGGAAUUACAGAAGUCUGAUGAUGAGUUGAAACAGGAAGUUCAAAAGUUGCGAGAUGGAGAAAUUAAUGAGUUCGGACUUGGUGAUGAUGGUAUCUUGAUGCUUGGAUACUGGGUUUGUGUCCCUAAAGAUGAUUAG